AGUGGACACAUGUUAGCAUGGAAUCAUCGUCAGUCAUCAAUCGUUCACGAAGAAGGACACGAGUAAAGAGAAGCUGAUUUUCAAGUUGAAAAAAGGCCCAGAAUCAUAAAAAAUAACCUCAAAUUUCGCUCUAUUAAAAUCGCCUUCCAGUCGCUGCGUUGUCACACUCAGAGUGGGGAAGGUGCAUAGUGGGACGGGUCGUCAGGGAGGCGAGAGAGAGAGUCCUAGGGACAAUCGGUAAAGUCAAAGUGAAACAUCGAGCCGGCAAAGUGGGUUGCCAUGUCCCUCUUGCCCCGUCGAUUCGUCGUGACGAACGUAAAAUUCAUUCGCUCGGCUUUCCCUAGACGAUUAGCCGGUGCACCGGUGAUUGCCGAGUCACAAGUAUCAAGGCUGUUGGAUACCAGACGUUCGACAGGCUUUGGAGAUUCAUUUGUACGAGGAUUUGGCGUAUCUGCUGCUGCAAUGGCUAAGAUAAAGGCGGGACCUGUUGUUGACAUCCUGGGUGAUGAGAUGACCCGAAUAAUCUGGGACUCAAUAAAGAAUAAACUAAUCUUCCCCUACUUGGACAUUGAACUCCACACGUACGACUUGGGGAUCGAGCACCGGGACGCCACAUCCGACAAAGUCACCGUUGACUGCGCCGAGGCGAUAAAGAAAUACAACGUAGGCAUAAAAUGUGCAACAAUAACCCCAGACGAGAAGCGAGUCGAGGAGUUCAAGCUCAAGCAGAUGUGGAAGAGUCCCAAUGGAACAAUCAGGAACAUUUUGGGUGGAACGGUGUUCAGGGAGGCCAUCAUCUGCAAGAACAUUCCUCGUCUGGUGACUUGUUGGAACGAGCCGAUAAUUAUUGGCAGACAUGCCCAUGGUGAUCAGUACAAAGCAACUGAUUUUGUGGUACCUGGUGCUGGAAAACUCGAGAUCACUUGGACUGGCACUGAUGGCAACAAAAUUCAACAUACAGUUCACGAGUUCAAAGGGGCUGGAAUAGCUCAGGCACAGUUUAAUACCGAUGAGAGCAUCAGGGCAUUUGCCCACAGCUCACUUCAGUAUGCACUGUCCAGGAAGUAUCCUCUGUAUCUCUCCACCAAGAAUACUAUUCUGAAAAAAUACGAUGGAAGGUUCAAGGACAUCUUCCAGGAGAUCUACGAUGCCGAGUACAAGACGAAAUACGAAGCUGCCGGUAUUUGGUACGAGCAUCGCCUGAUCGACGACAUGGUGGCGUAUGCUAUGAAGUCAGAGGGCGGAUUCGUCUGGGCCUGCAAGAAUUACGAUGGAGACGUCCAGUCAGAUUCCGUUGCUCAGGGCUUUGGUUCUCUGGGGAUGAUGACCUCAGUCCUCAUCUGCCCAGAUGGUAAAACUGUCGAGGCUGAGGCAGCGCAUGGAACUGUCACUCGCCACUACAGGCAGUAUCAGCAGGGUAAGGAGACCUCCACCAAUCCCAUUGCCUCGAUAUUCGCCUGGAGUAGGGGUCUUCUUCAUCGUGCUGAAUUGGAUAAAAAUUCAGAGCUGAAAAAUUUUGCUGAGACACUCGAAAAAGUCUGUGUGAACACCAUCGAGGAUGGCUUCAUGACCAAGGAUCUUGCUAUUUGCAUCAAGGGAAUGAACAAUGUCACCAGGUCUGACUAUCUGGAAACAUUUGAGUUCAUGGACAAGCUCGCUGAUAAUUUAAAAAAACAACUGGGAAAGUAGGGGAAUUUCUGAUGAGUCGGUUGUAAUGGGGUCUACACAUUUUUAAUAAUUGUUCUAUUGUUCAUUUUCUACUUUCUAAUCGAUAUUUGCACUAAUGUAAGGAAUAAAAUUUGUAAAUUUCAUAUCAAGAAA